AUGCAGGAAGUCCAGAGGUCCUACCCGGAGCGUGGCUACGCAGCAGCGCCCCCCAACUACCGCACUGAGGGCGACGAUAUCUCGUCCGAGGGCAAGAAGAGCGACCCCGAGCUCAACAUGCCGCUCGACAAGACCGCUACCGUCCAGGAGGGCUCCGAGAAGUUCAACCGCCUGGGGUGGAAGCGCCUCACCAUUUGCUUGAUUGUCGAGGCCAUUGCCCUUGGUUCUCUCAGUAUUCCCAGCGCGUUCGCGAAGCUGGGCAUGGUUGCUGGUGUCAUCAUGUGCGUGGGACUGGGUCUGGUGGCCAUCUAUACAUCAUACGUCGUCGGUCAGGUCAAGAUGCGCCACCCGCACGUCAAUCACUACUCGGACGCUGUGCAGCUCAUCUGGGGCCGCUUCGGUUACGAGCUUGUCGGUGUCAUGUUCGCGCUAUUCCUGAUCUUGUUGGUCGGAUCCCACGCUUUGACCGGGACCAUUGCUUUUAUCAACAUCAUCGACAACUACCAAAUCUGCGCGCUGGUCUGGAGUGUCAUCUCCCUGAUCAUCCUGUUGCUGCUCGCUCUGCCUCCCACUUUUGCAGAGUUUGCCAUAUUGGGAUACAUCGAUUUCGUCAGUAUCAUCGUCGCAAUCAUGAUCACCAUCAUCGCAACGGGUAUCCAGGCGCACAAUGCACCCGGCGGCCUGAGUGCUGUUCCUUGGUCCGCAUGGCCUCCAGAGGGUACCACUUUCUACGAGGCUUUUUUGGCGACCACCAACAUUGUCUUCGCCUACUCGUUCGCCGUCUGCCAGUUCUCUUUCAUGUCUGAGAUGCACACGCCCUCCGACUACGUCAAGUCCGUCUGGGCACUUGGUCUGAUCGAAAUCUUCAUCUACACCCUGACCGGCGCGCUUAUCUAUGCCUUCGUUGGUGUCGACGUCAAGUCCCCCGCUCUGCUCUCUGCAGGUGACACCGUCUCCCGCAUCGCCUUCGGUAUCGCUCUGCCUGUCAUCUUCAUUUCCGGAUCUAUCAACGGCACUGUCGUCGGCCGAUACAUUAUGGACCGCGCGUUCCCCAACUCGCCUAUCCGCUUCGUCAAGGGCGCUCGCGGCUGGGCCGUCUGGGUGUGUUUGAUCACCAUCAUCACAAUCAUUGGCUGGAUUAUCGCCGAGGCCAUCCCCUUCUUCAACGCCCUCCUCGGACUCAUCUCCUCCCUCUUCAUUUCCGGAUUCACAUUCUACUUCCCUGCACUCUUUUGGUUCCAGCUCGUUAAGGAGGGCAGCUGGAAAUCGAGCAUCAAGAACAUUAUGCUUAGCAUUUUGAACGCAGUCAUCCUCAUCAUCGGCGUCGUCAUCCUGGGCGCAGGUACUUACGCGUCUGUUGAAGACAUUAUGCACCAGUACAACGGCGGCGCGGUGCGCAGCCCCUUUACGUGCUCGGCUGCGUCGUACGCUUAG